AUGGCAUUAUGUGCUACUAAACAACUUUUUGUAUCCCAAUUUGAACCUCAAUCCAAUUCAUGUUCCGAUAUUGAUGUUGUUGUUCCUCCAGACCCACUGGUGAUUCGUGCCAAGAUAAAAUCUGCAUUUUCUAAAAUCGAUAAAUCUUGUUUAAACGGCGUUAUACAGUUCUGGGAACCCGUAAAACAACAGAGGGGGAGACGCCUGCUCACGACUUCUGGUCAACCUUUUAUAUAUGGAGACCCUGUCGUAAAUUAUCGAAGAUAUAGGAUACUCUCCACGUUAUACCGAUAUAAUAUCGAUGAUUAUGAUAAAGUUAUGAGUUAUAGUACUAACGUUGUUGUGGAUGCGAAUCUUGAUUGCCGAAAAGGGUGGGCUCCAUUGGUUGAUAUUGCGUUGGGUAAUGAAUUGACCUCUUAUAUCAUUCUUCCUGUGUUUUAUCCUCACAGCUCUAGCUCUUGUGUCGGUGUUGUUGAGUGCUUUGUCGAGCCUGUUGGAUUUUUUGGAAUUUUCCAAGACCUCAAACAAGCACUAAAGAGUUCUGGUCUGAGUACGUUUUCUGUACAACAAUUUCCGUUAUACAAGAAUACACCUUGUCUCAAACACGUCACACAUGAAAUUUCCGAAGUAUUAGAGAUGGUUUGUGAAUCACAUGGCUUGGCUGCUGCUCAAGUUUGGAUCUCUAAUGGGAAUGAGGAUCAUGUGCCCUCUAAAAUUUAUUUGGAGGGUACUCAAAAUAAACCAUUUUUUGCCGCCAGAUUGGUUGGUUAUUGUGCUGAUCCGGAUGUUGACCCUCCUUUGUAUUCCGUUGAAGGUUAUUAUGACAUAUGUGAUACGCUUCCUUUGGAAAUCGGGCAGGGACUUGUUGGGAAGACACUUCAAACUCAUACACCUCACUUCUGUACAAAUAUCUAUGAGGAGAGUGUUAUGGAGAAAAUAUGGGGUAAGAAGGUGUCAGAUAAUUUACUCCCUGCCGCUGAAUUUUGUAGCUGUCUUGCUAUAUGCUUGAGGAGCACUGACACUGGAGAUGACGUCGAUUAUGUGUUUGAAUUCUUAUGGAACCAAAGGCGAAACUAUCUAAUCUUGCUGGAGUCACUAUUUUUAACACUAAAGAGAUGUUUGCCAAGUUUUAAGUUUGCUUCUGGCUCUGAACUUGGCGAUGAAUUAUCUGUUCUAGAUGUUGAGAAUUCUACAGGGAGUGGAACAGGAUUUUUCAAUAUUCUGGAAGGAAACAGAUUCUCACCAGUACCUAAAGCAUUGGAAGAAGCUUGGAUACGAGUCCAAGAGGACUGCAUAUCUUCUUCAAAUGUGCUGAAUUCAAUCCCAUUACAGCGCAAGGACCCUAAACAACUUGAAAGAUCUCUCAAUGAAGCUACAAAGAAUCCCACUGGGUUGCAACGACCAAACCUUUUGAAGAGGAAGUUAAGUGACAUGUGUGAGAGUCAAGGUGAAUCAAAAGAAGAUAACAGAACAACUCAAGAUGUCUUGUGCGUUGAAAUAGAGUAUGCAGAUGGCAUGUUCAAAUUCAACCUCCCAACCUUAUUAGCAACAGUUAUGGUUUUUAAGAACCAAAUCAAGGAGUUAUGUAAGUUAAGUCCCGGAUCUUACAAGCUUAAGUACUUGGAUGAAGAUGGAGAAUGGAUCUUAAUGAAUUCUGAUGAACAUGUAAUGGAUUGCAUUAGAAGUAGUAGAAGUGUAAACGGUACUAAUAUCCGGCUGCGAGUGCUACCAUUGGCACAGUAAUAUAUAGAAUCCAAAUUGUAUCUAUGAGACCACUUUGAGUCAUCUCAUUAGAAAUUAAUGUUAUAUGUAAUUUAAUGUUUUCUUAUU